AUGAGCUAUACUACCAAAAGAGGAAGAGAGGACUUUGAGCCCGACACCAAAAAGAUAAAAAACUACAUUAACCAACAAUCACAUCAAGAAAUCACUGAGUCAAAUGAAUGGCCCCAAUUUGCCCACCCCGAGGGAGGAAUAGUUAAAAUUACGCCCUGGGGGUCGUUGCGACAAUUUGUCGACCCAAUCUCCGGUGAAUCCAUUACUAAAUUCGAAGACAUGAGUUUUGAAGACUAUACAUUUAAAGCCCUGAAUGUCGAGGAUAUAUACACUGUAAAGCACCAGGAACCACCUAGCAUGCCAUCCACGCCUCAGUCAUUAUACCAAACCCAUUCAUACCAACCAAACACGCGUUUCGCUAGUCAUAACAUGCCAGGAGGUAAUUCUCCGCUCAGAUUAAGUCCCGAGUGCGAGGCCGAGGGAUACUUGCGCGAUGGAUAUCGUGGACAACAGGCACAACAACAGUUUGAACAAGAGCACGAAAACUACUUUGGAAUGCACGACCAACAAGAAGAGUUUGAUUGUAGUGAAAUUAACUAUUCCAUCGAAGACGAUGAAAUGAAUUAA